AUGUUGUGGGUCUUCUACGAGAGCGUCGCCUUCUUCGCCAUCGUCGUCCUGUCGGUCAUCGGAUGCAAGGGAGGCAAGCAGAAGCCCAAGGCAUCCCUAAAGGUCAAGAAUGCUGGUGCUAAAUCCCCGGCAGCCGCAGGCCCCGGCUCAGUCGCCAAGCCAGCACCCGCUAGCCCUGCCGCUGCCGCCCCGGCCGAGGAGCCGAAGAAGGACGAUAAGACACAGGAUCAGACAAAGGAGGGAGACAAGAAAGAGGAGGAGAAGAAGGAGGAGGAGAAGAAAGACGGCGACAAGAAGGAGGACGAGAAGAAGGAGGAAGAGAAGAAGGAUGGCGACAAGAAGGAGGAAGAGAAGAAGGAUGGGGAUAAGAAGGAGGACGAGAAGAAGGAGGGCGACGACAAGAAGGAGGGCGGCUCGAAGAAGGACGAGAAGAAGGAAGAAGGCGAUAAAAAGGAGGGAUCAAAAAAGAAAGAAGCCUCUAAGAAAAAGGAGGGUUCGAAGAAGGACGGCUCGAAAAAGGAGGGCUCCAAGAAGGAAGGCUCGAAGAAGGAAGGCUCAAAGAAAGAGGGCUCGAAGAAGGACGAGAAGAAAGAUGAGAAGAAGGAGGGUUCUAAGAAAAAGGAAGCCUCUAAGAAGAAAGAAGCCUCCAAGAAGAAGGAAGGCUCAAAGAAGCCCGGCGCCUCGAAGAAGGACAAAAAGGAGGGCAGCACCGAUGAGAAGAAAUCGGAGGACAAGAAGGACAGCGAGGAGAAGAAGGAGGGCGGAGAUGAGGGGGAGAAGAAGGACGACAAGGUGAGCGCCACCCCGGCUGAGCUGCAGUGGGAGGAGAAGGGAGACCCACAGACGGUCACCGUCAAAAAUGCUGAAGGAGAUGAUCGGAUCGCCAUCAAGCCUAAAUGCGCCGAUAAGGCAUUCACCCUCGACCCGGCUUCGGCCUUCAUCAAGAAGGGCGAAAGCGCCGCCAUCAAGGUCACACGUGCCGCCGGACCGGUGAAGCCUGACCGGAUCGAGAUCCAAUGGACGAAGGCCGACGAGAAGGACAAGGACCCCGAGGAGAUCUUCAAAAAAGCCGAUCUCAAGCCCGCCAUCGUCGUCGUCAAGAGCAAUGCAAAGGCCGCCGGCGGUGAGAAGAAGGACGACAAAAAGGAAGAGAAAAAGGACGAAAAGAAGAAGGAGCCAUCUGGAAAGGAUAAGAAGAAGGAAGAGGAGAAGAAGGACGAGAAGAAAGAAGAGAAGAAGGAGGCCGAGAAAAAGGAGGAGAAGAAAGAGGAAAAGAAGGAGGAUGAAAAGAAGGAGGAGAAGAAAGAGGAAGAGAAGAAGGAGGAAAAGAAGGAGGACGAGAAGAAGGAGGAGAAAAAGGAAGAGGAAAAGAAGGAGGAUAAGAAGGAUGAGGAGAAGAAAGAGGAGAAAAAGGAGGAAGAGAAGAAGGAGGAAGAGAAGAAGGAG